AUGAAGGGUCUAGGGUUUAGGGCGAAGUCUGAUUUGCUUGCUGCAGUAUCUUAUUCUUUAUCAUCAUCAGCAGCAGCAACAGCAGCAGCAGCAGAUGCUGCUGCUGCUGCUGCUGCUGCUGCUGCUGCUGCAGUGCUGCCGCUGCGGGCUUUGUUUGUCUUUCUGGGUGAUGAGGAAGCAGAAGCAGCAGCGCAGCAAAUCAUCGCUCAUCUGGCCCCCCAGGUCUUGAGAUAUAUACACAGGGAGAGCAGCAACCCCGAUUGGGGGGCUGCAUGCGUGCAGGAGGCGCAGCAUGUCUUUCAUCUGAAGCUGACGCCGCCGAGCGUUGUAUGGUCUGCGUUAGCAGCAGAGCUGCAGCAAGUGCUGCAGCAGCAGCAGCAGCAGCAGCAGCAGCAGCUGCAGCUGCAGCAGGAGGAGGAGGAGGAGGAGCAGGGAGAGAAGCAGGAACUGCAGCAGCAGCAGCAGCAGCAAAUGCUGCUGCUGCAACAGCAGCAACUCAUACCCGCCAUACAAGACGCAGCAAAGCAAGAAACAGCAGCAGCAGCAGCAGCAACAGCAGCAGCAGCAGCAGCAGCAGCGGAGGAAGUGCUGCAGCUUGCUGCUCUGUAUGAAGACCGUAUUGCUGCACCUCUUGCUGCUGCUGCUGCUGCUAGUGGUGCAGCAGACACAGCAGCAGUCUGCGAGGGGUGCCGGGCGAUAGCGCCUACGCUGCAGCAGCUGCCGGUGGUGCGGCCGCUGCUGCAGCAGAUGUUUAGCUGCCUGCGCCGGCUGCGAGCAUUGAGGGCCAACAAGGAGUUGCUGCUGCUGCAGAGCCGUGCUGCUGCUGCUGCUGCUGCUGCUGCUGCUGCUGCUGAUGCGGAUGCGCUUCACUCCACUCCCAGUGAUGCAGCUGCAGCAGCAGCAGCAGGAAAUGCUGCUGCUGCUGCUGCUGCUGGUGUUCUGCUGCAAGACGCAACAGCUGCUGCAGACAGACCAUCCUCUACAGCAGCAGCAGCAAGCGCUGCUGCCGCUGCUGCUGCUGCUGCUGCUGCUGCUGUAUCAUCCCCUGAAUAUUCUGGGUGUCAGGAGGGUAUGGAGGCGUCGCUGCAGCAGCUGCUGCAGCAGCUGCAGCAGCUGCUGCAUGCAAUCGGCAGCUUUUUGUGUUACGUAGAGUCUAUCCUCGUGCAGCUGCUGGCGACAGAAGAAGCAGCAACACCAGCGCUAGAUACUCUCUUCUCUGUCCUGGUGUCUUGCAUGAUGCCACCGCAGGCGCCGCUGGUGGAGUUGCAGUGUUUUAUUGAGGAGCAAAUACUCAGCAGCAGCAGCAGCAGCAGCAGCAGCAGCGGCAGCAGCAGCAGCAGCAGCAGCAGCAGCAGCCUCCCCCCGUGGCUGCUGGCGCUGCUAGACUGCGCUACGUCUCCUCGUUUUUCCGUUUGCUGCAGAGCAGCACAAACAUACAUCUCUAUAUUAAAAAGCAGCAGCAGCAGCAGCAGCAGCAGCAACAGCAGCAGCAGCAGCAGCAGCAGCAGCAGCAGGAGACGUCUCAUCUGUGAUACUGAUGAGUGUCUUCGCGUAGCAACAACGCUUUGGGACUGCCUAGGAGGCAGCAGCAGCAGCUGCUGCAGCAGCAAAGCAGAAGGCCUCAUCGUCGAUCUGCUGCUGCAGCUGAAUGAUGCAUGCGCCCCUGAACGCCCGGUGGGCGGUGUUAGAGUCGGUAGUUCUAGCGAGUCUUCAGUGCAGCAGCAGCAGCAGCAGCAGCAGCAACAGCAGCAACAGCAGCAGCAGCAGCAGCAGCAGCAGCAAGGCGGAGAGUAUAUGGAGAUUCAGCGCCUUUUGGAGACAUGCAAGGCUUCAGGUGGCGAGACGACAGCACCAACAGCAGCAGCAGCAGCAACACCAACAGCAGCAGCAACACCCCCAGCAGCAGCAGCAGCAGCAGCAGCAGCAGCAGCAGCAGCAGAGUGGCGAUCAUGGACGUACAGUGAUCUAUCUGUUGUUGAUUACGUAGACUUGCUGUCUGUCGUUUUGCUGCGCUUUAUAUCUUUUCGUUUGCCCCCAGCAGCAGCAGCAGCAGCAGCAGCAGCAGCACCAGCAGCAGCAGCAGCAGCAGCAGCAGCAGGGAGCAGCAGGUUUGCUGCUAUGCAUGGAAAAGCUUCUCCAGCAACUGCAGCAACUCCAGCAGCAGAUCCUGCAGCACUGCAGCAGCAGCAGCAGCAGCAGCAGCAGCAGCAACUAUAUCCUCUCUUUGCUUUGGGAGUGCAGCAGAUGAAAGCUAAACCCGUGUCAGUAGUUUUGUUAGAUUUCUUUUGUCGUUUGCUGCUGCGCGCUGCUGUUGGCCGCAGCACGAAGUCACCUUUCCGCAGCAGCAGCAGCAGCAGCAGCAGCAGCAGCAGCAGCAGCAGCAGCAGCAGCAGCAUGAGCUCUCGUAUGCUGCUGCCAUACCUCCGCGGUAUUUUGGGGGUUUUAAAUUUUGCUAUUGACUCGGCAUCGAAGCGUGAUGCUAUUGACUCGGCAUCGAAGCGUGAGCUGGAUAAGGAAACAUCAGCAGAAACAGGGGGUUUGACGCCUUUUUUAGAUUUAUUUUCUUGGCAUAGUGCUGCUGUUAGCGAGGAGGAGCUGCUGCAGCAGAAGCUGCAGCAGCGGCUGCCGGCGAUUGCUGCUGCAGUGCAUGUGACGGUAUCCGCCUGUGUAGCAGCAGCAAACCUCGUGCUGCCCCCCCUGCAGCAGCAGCAGCAGCAGCAGCAGCAGCAGGAUGCAAGAGGAGCUGCAUAUAGCUGCAGCAGCAGCAGCAGCAGCAGCAGCAGCAGCAGCGAUGCUGCUGCUGCUUUUCCUGCUGCUGGUUCUUUUCUUUAUGAGGCUGCAGACGGCUUAGAGUCUCCGUCUGCAGCAGCAGCAGCAGCAGCAGCAGCAGCUUUCUUUAUGAGGCUGCAGACGGCUUAG